AUGGAUGGACAAGAUCUUCCUGACACCACAAAGAUGAUGGCCUCCCACGCCCCAUCACUGUCCAUCCUCAACCCAAAUCCCAAGAGACUCCUUGGCCCUUCACUCCUCCAUGAACUUGUCCGUGACAGCUCGACCCCUGGGCUCGCCCUCGACUACCGGGCACCUGACGGCGCCCGCACGAGACUCUCAUAUCCGGAGCUUCACAGCCAAGCUGAGGUGCUGGCGAGGAGGAUAGCGGAUGCCCUUGCGAGCCGCCAGGGCCCUGGCCAAAUUGUCGUCCCGCUGCUCCUACCACAGAGUCCUGUGUUGUAUAUAUCGCAGCUCGCUACUUUGAGAGCUGGGGCGGCUUUCUGCCCUCUGAACCUCGAUGCGCCUGCUGAACGGGUCAGAUUCAUCGUGGGGGAUGUCGACGCUAGGGUCAUCGUUACUUCUACGGCUUUACGUCCCAAGGUCGAUUUCCUCGGGCCUGAUGUGAUGGUGUUGGUGGUCGACGGCGACGAAGCUCAGGAUGAGCCAAGGCGUUACAGUAGCGUGUUGCGAGAAGCUUUACCGGAUAGCCUCGCCUAUGUCAUGUACACCUCUGGUUCCACAGGGACACCUAAAGGAGUCGGCAUCUCGCACUCCGCCGCGACACAAGCCCUUCUGGCUCAUGACCGCCAUAUUCCAACAUUCUCCAGAUUUCUGCAGUUCGCCGCCCCGACAUUUGAUGUCUCGGUCUUCGAAAUCUUCUUCCCCUUCUUCCGAGGCGCCACCCUCGUAUGCUGCAGCAGGGCAGACAUGCUGAACGACCUGCCCGCCGUUUUGAGGGAUAUGCAGGUAGACGCAUGUGAACUCACACCGACGGUGGCCGGUAGCCUUCUGAGGAGCCGGGACAACGCCCCUGGGCUUCGCCUGCUCUUGACGAUAGGAGAGAUGUUGACAGUUCCUGUCAUCAAGGAAUUUGGAGGAGAUGAGAAGAAGCCUAGCAUUCUCUGGGCCAUGUACGGCCCAACUGAAGCCACCAUCCACUGCACCCUCCAGCCGUCUUGCGACGCGUCCUCGUCUCCCCACAACGUCGGCUUUCCCCUCGACACCGCAUCUACAUUCGUUCUCGAGCCUCUUCCCGAUGAUAGCUCCGGAGAUUUCAAGGUGGUGCCGAUCGGCGAGAUGGGUGAGCUAGCUGUUGGCGGCAAUCAGACCGCAGUAGGCUAUAUCAAUAGGGCAGAGCAAACUUCACGAGUAUUUAUUGAGACCCCUCAUGGCCGCCUUUACCGUACAGGCGACAAGGCCCGCAUGCUCCAGAACGGCACCAUCGAGUGUUUUGGUCGCAUCUCGGAUGGCCAAGUCAAACUCCGUGGUCAGAGGAUCGAGCUUGGCGAGAUUGAACAAGCUGUUCUCAAAACAUCAGAAUGCCGUGGCGCGGUAGCAUCGGUCAUACGAGGCAUCAUCGUGGUGUUCUGUGAGCAAGAUGGCUCAGAAGAAUCUUUCACAGAGGAUCUGUUGCGAACAUGCCGGAACGCCAUGGGCAUUAAGUUGCAGUCAUCUUCCAUCCUUUCUGCCGCAGGUGUAGACUCCCUCGCAGCCAUCAAGCUGGCGUCUUGUCUUCGUCGGGCCGGCUUUGCUGUUACUGCUAUUGAUGUACUGAAAUCCAACACUCUUUCAGACCUGCGGUCACGCACGCUGCGGGAGAGGAGUCGAGCUGAUAGUGCUGUUGAAUUUUACGACCAGUCCCCGGGCUUGAAAACUCCUGCGAGCCUGAGGGAGUUUUUGAACGGAACUCCGGAGCUAGCAGGAAGUCUUGGCGCCGUCGAUGCUGUUUUGCCCUGUACACCAACGCAAGUGUCGAUGUUGGCAGAAACUUUGAGUGACAGUGAGGCCUACUGUAACUGGAUUGAGCUUCAAAUCCUCGGCGAUCAUGCUGUUGAGACGAUCGCGUCAUGGUUCCGACAGCUUGCUGAGCACAACGAGAUCCUGCGUACAGGGUUUGUUUCAACAAGUGGCACGUACAAGCAAGUCAUAUGGAAAGAGCUUCAUGCCAGCCAGGUCUGCGCUGUCGAGAAUCUGGGCAGGAGUUUUCGACUUGACGAGGCUGGUCUGGCCAGGCCUUUUUUCGUACAAAUUCAGAGCGACCAGCCGCGCAAGACCAGCGUUCUGCUCCAGAUCCAUCAUGCUCUUUACGACGGCUGGUCAUUCGACAUACUCUUGGCCGACCUCAACGUCCUCGAAAAGGGUGGCCAUAUCAAUGGACGACCUUCAUUUCGCCUUGUUUCGGAUCAUUAUCAGUCUACUGAUUUUCUCCAUGACGCCGAUGCCGCACGUGCCUACUGGGCGGGACACUUGUUGGGUUAUCAACCGAGCCCAAUGCCACAGUUGCUGGCGAAGAAAGAGAUGAAAGGCCAGAUACUCUCCGCUGAGCACAUCUUGGGAACAAAGGGCCCCGCCAUCGAGACUGCUUCGGCACAGCUUGAUGUCAGCGCACAAGUCCUUUUCCAGGCAUGCGUGCUCUGGCUCUGGGGACACAUCCUAGGAAGCGAAGACGUCGUGAUCGGCAACGUCACCUCGGGUCGAACCAUUCCCAUCCAGGAUGUUGAGAACGUGAUGGGCCCAUGUCUCACGACCAUCCCUCAUAGAUCCAGGAUCAAACAAAUGCGGACCAUCAGAGAGCUUGUCGAGAGCAUUCACAUGUCAAAUCGGGAAAGCCUUGCCCAUUGCACGUUGCCACUUGCCGAGAUCAAGAAGGCUGCUGGCUUAAUGCCAGGAGAGCCUCUCUAUGAUGUGUUAUAUGUCUACCAGGAAUCUCUUCACAGUCGGUCGGCUGGCCAGGAGCAUGGGAAUGUCAAAGAAGUCGCCCAUCAAGAUCAUCUUGAGACGAAUUUACUGGUCGAGAUUGAACCCGUCGACGAGGAUUUCCGACUUCGUGUUACGCAUCAUAGCAAUGCCUUCAACCAUGACUACGUGAAGUUGCUCCUGCGCCAGUUCGAUUGCGUCCUUGGCCAUAUCAUUUGCAAUAUUGGCUCCGAAACUACGUCAAUUUUCAAAUGCUUCACAGACAAGCUGCUGUCGCAGCAUAACCGAGCAUUCACAUCUUUCAAGGGCUGUGCCGACCUGGCGGCAUCGUUUGAGAGCAUGGCGGCCAGAGUACAUGGGGAGCCAGCGCUCUGUUUUGCCGACUCUUUCGAGAAUGGCAGCGCUGACCUGAAAUAUGUCUCAUAUUCGGAGUUAAACAUUCUGGCAAAUAAGAUCGCACGACAUAUCCAAUUCUCGGGAGCAACAGAAGGAGCUGCUGUGGCCAUCAUAAUGGAGAAGUCGACCAUGUUGUAUGCUAGUAUCCUGGGGAUUCUGAAAGCAGGCUGUGCGUAUCUGCCUCUUCUUCCAAGCACACCGUGGUCGAGGAUUCUGGGGAUUCUGGAGCAGGCAAAUGUACGACUUUGCUUGUCCGACAGAAUCGUUCAACGCGAAAUUUCCACCCGCCACGAAUGCGUUUUUGUCAAUAUUGUCGAGGCAGAGAUUGACGGUUAUGACGGGAACAAUCUCAACACCCCUGAGUGCCCGUCGAGAAUAGCCAACAUCAUUUACACAUCAGGAAGCACGGGUGUGCCCAAGGGAGUUUCCGUGACGCAGCUCAAUAUCACGAGCAACCUGGACGUCCUGUCCAAGAUAUACCCUGUCAAAGACAACUCGCGCAUGCUCCAGGCCUGCUCCCAAGCGUUUGAUGUUUCGGUCUUUGAGAUAUUCUUCGCCCUGACCCGUGGAAUGUGCCUCUGUGCUGCGACUAAUGACGUCCUCUUUGCCGACAUCGAGCAGUCAAUCCGAGCCAUGGAUGUGACACAUCUCAGCAUGACACCAACUGUGGCGUCUCUGGUCAACCCCAACAAUGUGCCCAAGGCCGAGCUCCUCGUCACUUCGGGAGAGCCUAUGACCGGCGAGGUCGCAAGAAACUGGAUGGGUAAGCUCUAUCAAGGUUAUGGCCCAUCAGAGACAACCAAUAUCUGCUCCGUGAAGAAGAUGUCCCCAGAAGAUCAAAUACGACAUCUCGGUCACACUCUUGAAAACACAUCCGCUUUUGUUGUUGCUCAUGACGGCCUGGACCUUCUUCCAAUAGGCUGUGUGGGCGAAUUCUGCUUCGGCGGCGACCAGGUCGUCGCCGGGUACCUGAAUAUGCCCGGGGUCACAAAAGAUAAAUUCAUUGACCACCCAAGGUGUGGCCGUAUCUAUCGAUCUGGCGAUAUCGGUCGCAUGCUCGCUGAUGGGUCGCUGCUGAUCGUUGGACGGAUCGAUGACCAAGUCAAGCUCCGUGGCCAGCGGGUAGAGCUUGGGGAAGUCAGUGCGACAGUCGCUCUGUCGAACGAAGUCUCCAAUUGCACAGCAAUACUGGUCAAUAGUGGACAGCAAUUGGCUUGCUUCUAUGUUCCGCGCUCAGCACAAGGAGACAAAUUCAGAAUCCUCACCGCUGGGAAAGGCACAGUGAAGAUGAAUGAGUCGAUCUACAGUACCCUGCAAUCCCGACUCCCAAGCUACAUGACUCCAUCCUACCUCAUUCCCAUCUCGACAAUCCCGAUGACCUCCUCUGGCAAGAUUGACAAAAGCAGAUUGAGCAGCCUUUUCAGCAAAUUGGACACCAAUAAUUUGGAAUAUUUCAGUGUAAUUUCUGAGAGCGGAGACGAGGAUGUCGACUGGUCUGAAGACGAACGCAAGAUUGCCAGUUUGGUGGCCACUGCUCUAGGCGUGCGGCCCCAGGAUGUCGGAAGGUGGACACCACUCACCAGCUUGGGGUUGGAUUCCAUAUCGGCAAUCUCAGUCGCGAAAGAAUUGCAGGCUGCCUUCUCCCAAAGGUUACCCAUCUCGAUUAUCUUGCAGAAUACUUCCACAGCGAAGCUUGCUGCGCUACUUGCCGGAGGGGCAGUAGAGACUGUCCAAAGUGAGGAUCAUCUGGACAUAUUCCCGCCAGAGUUCUGGGAAACAAUCCGAAGAUGUGCUCGUUCGAAGAAACUCGAGGUCGAAAUGAUCUUGCCAUGCACACCCCUGCAAGAGGCGAUGUUGGCAUCUGCGGCCAGCGAUGCGUCAUACCUCAAUAAGAUGCUGUUCCGUCUCAACACCGACUCUACGAAAAUGCGCAACUACUGGAAGGCGAUGUUUCAAAGACAUGCGAUCUUGAGGACCAGCUUUUACAGCACUGACGACCGAGAUCAUGUCAUUGCACAGUGUGUCCUCAAGACCUGGGAACCUGACUGGCUCACGUUCGAUGCAGACGCCACGUCGCUUGAUGAGUCAAUCAGCAGACACGCGGCAACUUUGCCCAAUCCCAUAGAUUCCGGUGUACCACCGGUGUCUUUGGCAAUUAUUGGGCAAGGCACACUUACCUAUUUAUCCUUCAUCUGUCACCAUGCCAUGUAUGACGGGGUGGCGAUGUCACGCCUCCUCGAGGAGAUCGAGCAGACCGCGGCUGGUUCUGAGCUACCCCAGCCUCCCUCGUAUCAGCCUUUCUUGCGGGAGGUCUUGGCUCUACCUAAAUCAAUCGACGAGUUUUGGAAAACACACUUGGGAGGACUGAAGCCGAAAACAUUACCACAAUCAUCGGAGAAGGACAGUGCUCGUGGCACCAUGACAAAAGUUCUGGACCUGCCUCUUUCCACAAUCGAACAUCGCUUGGGGAUGCUCAAUGUGUCUCUAUUAUCCUUCUUGCAAGCGGCCUGGAGUAGCCUGCUCGGAAUCAUACAGGAAUCUGACGAUGUUUGUUUCGGCAAUGUUGUCAACGGCCGCACCAGCAUGGUCGAGAGAGUAGACGAGCUCGUUGCACCGUGUUUCAAUACCAUUCCAGCGCGUGUCCAGCUCCACGACCAAAGGAGGAACAUCGACCUCCUCAACUUCUUUCAGAGUCUUAACCCGGAGCUUCUCCAGUAUCAAUUCACGCCAUUACGACGCAUUCAAGCAUUGUGCUCCAGGGCUUUGAGUGUGUUCGAUACGCUAUUGCUGUCACAGCAGACCCCAAAGAAGCUGGAUGAGAGCGUCUGGACUCUGGAAAGGGACGAUGGGGAGAUGGACUUCCCCCUAAUCUGUGAGGUGACUCCGAUCCUGGGAAGUGACUAUCGGGCAUUGGAAGUCAAGCUACAUUUUGAUCGUUCUUAUCUCUCUGAUACCGUUGUUCUGUUCAUACAUGAUACACUUUCGCAUAUAAUCUCAACUCUCUUGGAAUUUCCCUCGUCACAUCUUGUAUCCAGGCAGUCAUUGCCUUCGCCACUUCAAGAAAGGUUGGACAGGCUUGGCCUCGUCCAUGUAUCAAGAACCAGUGACGAGAGCAACCUUUUGGACACGGUCACACAAGAGGGAUGGUCUGACUCCGAAAAGACCGUCCGGGAUGUUUUCUCGGAUAUUUCAAAGUCCAAAGCGACCAGCAUCAGCCGACACAUGACCAUCUUCCAACUUGGACUAGACAGCAUCAAUGCAGUUCAGGUGGCAGCAUUGUUGCGCAAGGCUGGCUACCCCGAAGCCACAGCAACGGAUGUACUGGAGAAUCCAACGUGCUCGAGUCUGGCAGCAAAGAUAUCAGCACAACAGUCCACCGGCGGCAGCUCUGUUGAGUAUGACAUGGCUGCUUUUGAGCAGGCGGCGAAGGGCUUGCUGAACGACAGUGUCUCCAGUUGGGAGUCUGUUGAAGCCGUUCUUCCAUGCACGCCUCUUCAGAUGGCAAUGCUCACCCAGUUCACUAAUUCAAACGGCAAAGAUUACUUCAAUUUCAUAAGCUUUCGUUUUGAGGAACGUGUGAGCGUCUCCAAAAUUACGAAUGGCUUGAGGAAGCUGGUUGAUUCUCAUCCAAUCCUGCGAUCUGGAUUCAUUCCAAUAAAUCAUAGGGAUGUAUCACUCGCCACGCUUCAGUACAUUCCGGACGGAAAGAAGCUCCGGAUCAAUGUUCACAUCGAUUCCAGUGACUUCAAACUGCUGGAGUGGCAGCUAGCAGCUUCGCAGAGUGCGCUUGGAAACCUGCAGGAGCCUCCGUGGAGUGUUACUAUCCUGCCGGGCAGCGAGGGAGUCGAAAUGCACCUUGCAAUCCAUCAUGCGAUUUACGAUGCUUUCUCACUUCAGAAGAUGCUGUGUGAUUUACAGGCAACAAUCGAUGAUGAGCCACUCAAAACUGGGACAGGACUCGCCUCUGUUGUGAAAGAGAUUAUGACAGAAGCGCAAAGAGGCAGGGAAGAUGCUCCCGAGUUCUGGACGAAGCGGGCACCUGAGGCCGUCGUCAACAAAUUCCCGAUCAUGACACCGCUUAGAGAGGAACACCGGAGCAUCUCGGUGAGACGGAGAUCAUGCGCCCUGUCCUUCGAAGCUUUGACAGAUGCUGCUAGGGAUGGGGGCUUCACAAUCCAGGCGGUGGCGCAAGCAGCUUGGUUAAGGAUUCUAUCAUCGUACAUCGGAGAGCCGUCCGUGAUCUUUGGAACAGUGCUCUCUGGUAGGAACUCUGACGCGACGCUCAAGGCGGUGUUUCCUUGCAUCACAACUCUGCCUGUCGUAACCCAGCAUUCGUCCUCAAAUCGCAUUCUUCUCCAAGCCAUGAUGGAGUACAAUACGGGACUUCAGCGACACCAAAGGACACCAUUGACUGAGAUUCAGAAGCUACUUGGUCAUCCAAACACGAGGCUGUUCGACACACUUCUGGUUUACCAGAAGUUUGACGAACCAGGGCAGAAACCAAAGUCUUGGUCGGUGAUUAGCGAGAAAGCGAAUGUCGACUACCCAGUGUCCAUUGAGAUAGGGCCUGAGCGAGACUCUUUGCAGCUCCGCAUCACCUUCUUCAAUGAUGUCUUGCCUGUGGAACAGGCAGAAAUCCUGCUGCAACAGUUUGAUGUGGUCUUGUGCGACUUGGCGAAACACCCCGAUGGUCGUGAUGUGGACGUGCUGAAAAAUCACCCGGAAUUGUUUGCUAUCACACCCGCAGAACAACCUGAGUUGGUGUCGGAUACAACCUUUCUUCACGGCUUUGUGGAAUCCAGCGCUGCAAGUUAUCCCGAGAGAACCGCUCUGGAAUUCGUCUUGAGCUUUGAUGGCAGCCGGCCAGUAUCUCAAAGCUGGACUUACAAAGAACUGGACCAGAACGGCAAUAGAGUCGCCAACAUGCUGUCCAAGCAUGUCAGAACCGGCGAUAUUGUCGCCAUUUGCUUCGACAAAAGCCCUGAAGCGCACUUUGCGAUGCUUGGGAUCCUCAAGGCUGGUUGUGCGCUGCUUGCUCUGGAUCCAGGGGCGCCAUCGUCUCGGAAAGAGUUUAUUAUGAGAGAUUCUGGGGCAUCGGUACUGUUGACAGAGAAAUCAACAAGCACGAACCUUGAUUUCAAAGUUCAGGUCCCGGUCAUCACAAUCGAUCAUAGUAGUCUGACAGCGGUCGAGGCUUCGGGACCCGAUCUCACCCGCCCGUUGGUUCCGGGGGAUAGGAGCUACUGCCUCUAUACUUCUGGUACAACAGGGACCCCCAAGGGUUGCGAAAUCACGCACGAAAAUGCAGUGCAGGCGAUGCUUGCCUUCCAGAAGUUGUUCGAGGGGCAUUGGGACGAAAGCUCCAAAUGGCUUCAGUUCGCAUCCUACCACUUCGAUGUCUCUGUUCUGGAGCAAUAUUGGACAUGGUCCGUCGGCAUCACUCUGAUCGCUGCUCCUCGAGACGUGAUCCUUGAAGAUCUCGCAGGCACGAUCUCCCGACUCGAGAUCACACACAUUGACCUCACACCCAGCCUGGCUCGUUUGUUGCACCCCGAAGACGUUCCAAGUCUUUGCAGAGGAGUCUUCAUCACAGGCGGGGAGCAGUUGAAACAAGAGAUCCUUGAUGUCUGGGGGCCGAAGCGCGUCAUCCAUAACUUCUAUGGACCGACGGAGGCCACUAUUGGGGUGACCACAUACCCCUGCGUACCGAUUAAUGGACGGUCAUCAAAUAUCGGAAGACAGUUCGCAAAUGUAGGCUCUUACGUCUUCCGACCGAACACGGAAAUCCCUGUGCUGCGGGGAGGUGUGGGUGAGCUCUGCGUCUCAGGCAAGCUUGUUGGCAAAGGCUACCUCAACAGAGAGGAGCUCACGGCCGAACGCUUCCCCUCUCUCUCGGCUUUUAAGGAGCGAGUUUAUCGAACCGGGGAUUUGGUUCGCGUGCUCCACGAUGGCUGCUUUGACUUCCUUGGUCGAGCUGAUGACCAGGUCAAACUUCGUGGCCAGCGUCUUGAAAUCGGUGAAAUCAAUCACUGCAUCAGGGCUGCUAUCUCAGACAUCACUGACGCUGUGACGUUGGUGAUCCACAACGAGAAACAACAGAAAGACUUACUUGUGUCAUUCGUUGUCACGGCGCGAGGACAAACUCAAAAGUCCAGAAACCUGCAGAUCAUUGUUGGAGAUGACGCGGAAAGACUUAGCCAGAGUGUGAAGCGGGCAUGUCGUGAUAAGCUCCCGGGGUAUAUGGUUCCCACAUAUGUCUUAGUGUUGCCUUUCAUUCCACUGUCACCGAACAACAAAGCUGAGGUCAAGGAACUCAGGAAGCUAUUUAAUGAUCUCUCCCCUGAACAGCUUAUGAGGCCGUCUCCUGCCACGAAUGGCGACCUUGGAGAGGCUGGCAAGAAAAUCUGCAAAGCGCUGAGCAGCACAUAUGGAGUACAAGAGGGGACGAUCUUGCCGUCGACAAGCACCUUUGAGCUCGGCGUCGACUCAAUUUCCGCUAUGAAGUUUACGAGAGCGCUGAAGCUCGAAGGCUUCGGUCGAGCCACUGCCGCUGUGGUCUUGAAGAACCCUGUGGUUGCAGAUCUAGCCUACGCUCUGCAAUCCUUGCAGAGAACGAGUGAGGCUUCGGCCGGUCUGCUGGAGGCAUCACAGGCGAUCGAUGCCUGCCAACAUAGACACAAGGGUUCUGUGUGCAGAAAACUCGGCAUCAAUCCUGAAGACUUGGAGUAUGUGGCGCCAUGUUCGCCGCUACAGCACGGUAUGAUCUCUCGAUCACGGACUGAUGGGAAUGAGGGGGCGUACUUCAAUACUUUCCGUUACGAGCUGGCGGAUACCGUCGAGUGGAAGCAGCUACAUUCGGCCUGGCAAAGUCUCGUGCAAAAGAAUGCGAUUCUGCGCACGAAAUUUGUGUCAACCACAGAUGGGCACGUGCAAGUCGCCACCAAGGCACAGAGGAUCCCAUGGGAGGUUGUCCCCUUGGAGUCGGGCGAUGACAUUGAGACGGUGCUGGCUGAACGGCGCCAGUCUUGGAUCGACAGUAACAUUCAGAACGUCGAGACGCCUUUGCAGUUGCUGGCAGUUAGUGGCAACCGCAAGCGAUUGUUAGCGGUACACAUCUUCCACGGAAUCUACGAUGCCAGCAGCUUUGACCUGAUGAUCGAUGAGGUCGCGAGGCUUUACAACGGCCGCGAUGACAGCAGAGUCAAUGCACCGAGUUUCCUCGAUGCUCUCCUCCACGGGCCGCUGAGAAGUCUCUCUUUCUGCAGAGAAUUCUGGUCAAAGCACUUGCAGGGUGUGAGGUCGAAGCCGCUGCCUCAUAUAUCACCAACCCCGAGUGAUCACGAUCUCUGUGUCUCGCGUCGGAUAGAGUUUCAUUCUCUUGAUAAGAUACGGAAGUCACUGGGUGUGACUCAGCAAGCCAUUGUACAGGCUCUGUGGAGUUCGGUACUACAUCGACUGUGCGGUUUUGGGGUCACCUUUGGCAUCAUCGUAUCAGGCCGUUCAAUGGAGUUGGAAAAUGUUGACGCGACAAUCGGGCCGCUUUUCAACACGGUUCCGUUUCAUCACCAUGUCACGCGGAGGCAGACGUGGGCUUCUGUGAUCCGGAAUUCCCAUGAUUUCAACACGGCAAUACUACCAUUCCAGCACGUACCACUGAGGGACGUGCAGAAAUGGUGCUCAGGAGGGAACCCAAUCUUUGAUACGCUCUUCUCGUUUCAGCGAGCGUCUUCCACUGGCAGCGCAGGCGCGGGAUUGUGGACUGAGGUGGAGUCAAACAUCAACCCGGACUAUCCCCUUGCAUUUGAGGCGACUCUGUUUCCGGAUGAGUCAGUACAUGUAUUGAUCGUCACACAGAAAGGUGUCGCUGAUGAGGAGGCCCUGGAAAGCAUGAUCGACAAGUUCGAAGCCAUGGCGAGGGCUGUUGCUCAUGACCUGAACAGUCCGGCAUUUCCUGAUAGCGCUGAUGGGUUUGUCGACAGGCCUCGAGAAGGACGGGAGGACUCGGACGAUGGAAUUUCUCAUCCUCUGUCGAAAACAUCGACGGCAGGCCCACCCCCAGUUGAAUGGCCACCUCAGGCUGAGACGAUCCGCAAAGAAAUCACGGUCUUGGCCGAAGCAGACGAGUCCUCUAUCACCCAGAGCACAACACUUCUGGAGCUUGGACUUGACAGUAUCGACACCAUCAAGCUGUCAGCAAGACUCAGGAGAGCCGGUAUUAUGUUGAGCAACAGCGAGCUGAUCAGAGGCCAAAGUAUCGCAAACUUCGUGGACAUGCUUCACGCCAACGAGAACAAAAGUGACGGAACUCACGACAGCGGUUAUUCCUCGGAUGUCGAGGACUCAUCGAUACCCCUCAAGGCGCACCUCACGAGGCAUGGCUGGGACCUGAGUGAUGUCGAGCUUGUACUGCCACCGACUCCCUUGCAAGAUUCCAUGGUUUCAGAGAUGGUUCAGUCAGGCUUUCAGCGGUACUUCAACCAUGAUGUUCUCGAGCUAGCACCUCAGGUCGAAGUCCAACGGCUCAAAACUGCUUGGGUCACCGUCGUCAAGAACUCACCGAUCCUGAGGACUGUUUUCACCGAAGUUGAUGGCACAGAAUUCGACUUUGCGUACGCGCAAGUGGUCUUGAAAAACUGCCCGCCUGCAUUCAGGGACAUCAAGGUCGACUUCCCAGACAACCUAUCAUCUGCGAUGGAGCAGGCACGGAUGACGGCUCAGGCAGGCCAUGCGCAGUCGGACCUUCUUCAAGUCAUGUUUGCCACGUCGAGCCAUGGAACAUAUAUGCUACUGUCCGUUGCCCAUGCACUUUACGACGGCUGGUCACUGGGGCUACUACACAAAGAUCUCGAAUCCGCCUACUACGGAAGCUACACACCUCGCGAGACGUAUGUCGAAUGCUUGCACGGGACGAUCAGGUCCCUCAAACAGGAGGCCAAGGACUUCUGGUCAGACUAUAUCUCUGGAGCAGUGCCUGUGAUGUUUCCACCCCAUGGCCAGAAGGAGCCCGGGGCCCGCGUCAACAGAGCAGAGGCAUCACUUGCUGUUAAAGCCUCUGCUCUCAAGGAAUUUUGCAAGCGUCAUGCGAUUAGCCAACAAGUUGUUGCACAAGCAUGCUGGGCCACUGUUCUCGCAACCCACUCCCAGAGUCUCGACGUGGCGUUCGGCGUCGUUCUGUCUGGCAGAGAUACUGAAGCUUCUGAGGCGAUGCUGUUCCCCACGAUGAAUACCGUACCAGUACGAGCGGUCUUGCACGGUUCGGUGUCGGCUUUCCUGCGUUACAUGCAGGACAACAUGACUGGUGUCAGCCAGUUCCAGAACUACCCGCUGCGGAAGAUCCAGGCACUAAUUCAGGAUCGCCGGCCGAGUCUGUUCAAUACGUUGUUCAUCAUGCAGAAGAGCAGCGUUAAGACCACAGGAACAACUCAAGCCGAGCCCAGGCAGCCGCUGAUGAAAUCAAUCGAGAGCUCGUCCGCCGUUGAUUAUCCAGUAUGUGUGGAGAUGGAAGUUUCUGAAGAAAAUCUUAUAUGGCGCACAGCGUGUGAUGAUGGAUAUCUGUCCACUGGUGGCACAAGUCAUCUCUUGGAGGAGCUCGAGCAUGUUCUCCAAUACAUGAUCAACUCAUCCGAAAAAGACGUGCUGCAGUUCAGCGACUAUGGGGUGUCGGUCUGUGGCCUGCCUGCGUUCCAACCGCAGAGGCCGACAGUUUCAGAGCGGGAGCCAGAGCUGAAGCAGUCGCGAGAUGUGCGCGAAGACGGCGAGUGGUCAGGUGUGGAGGAGAGAAUCCGACAGGUCCUCGCCAGCAUGUCUGGCAUUGAUCAAGCGUCAAUUCGGAAGAGUCACAACCUCUAUCACCUCGGUCUCGACUCCAUCAGCGCGAUUAAGGUCAGCUCAGCACUCCGCCAGCAGGGAAUUCAAGCCAGUGUGCGGGACAUGAUACAGGCCACCUCGAUCAGUGAGAUGGCCACGAGGUUUUCCAACACAAACUCAACGUCCUCGCCAAUGAAGGAUCCUCAAAGCCAAAUCGCGCCGCAAACGUUGAAAGGACCGUCCGAGGAUAUCAUUCCGAAUGAUGUGCUCCAAUCAGCAGGCAUAAAUGCAAGCGAGGUGCAGAAGGUAUUGCCCGCCACAGCUAUGCAGACGCACAUGCUUAGCGUCUGGCAGAACACCCAAGGGGCCGUGUUCUUCCCUGAAUUCCGGUACCGACUGUCUGGCAUUGCUGACCGAGAUACCAUCAAGUCUACAUGGAUCGGUGUUAUUAGGCAGACACCGGCCCUGAGAACAAUCUUCAUCUCCACUGGCCACCGCAGCACGCCGAUGCUUCAGGUGAUCCUGCUAGAGAGUCCACAAACGGAGAAUCCGUUCGUGUCACUUGAACUUCAGUCAGACGGUGUGGGGAGCUGGGUGAUACGUCUCAAGAUUCAUCAUGCGCUAUACGACGGCGUAAGCUUGCCGCUGAUCAUGGGACGCUUCAAGAGACUCCUCGGUGAGGGGAUCGAGUUAGAGGAGUCCGUGAACAGACUCGCCUCAUGGAGAAGGCUCGUCUCUUCCUCACUGGACGAGCAAUCACGAGCAAGCAGAAGAGCCUUCUGGACGCAGUAUCUUGAUGGGGCUGAAGCCGUCUCAUUACGCCUACCAAGUUCCAAGAGCACGCCGACAGAAGAGCGCGUCAGCUUCUUUAGACGCGCAGCUGUCAGUAACAUGGGCAGGCUUAAAGCUCUAUGUUCACAACACGGCAUCAGCAUCCAGUCUGUGUUCCUUGCCGCAUAUGCCAGGGUUCUUUCAACACUUUCAGGAUGCAACGAUGUCGUAUUCGGUGUCUACAUCGCCAACAGAGGCACCGAGCAGGAACUGCCAUUCCCCACCCUUUGCCUCGUACCUCUGCGAGUCAGAGCCGCACGAGUCUUCGACAUUUCCGAGGUCGCGAGCGCCAUCCAGCGAGACAUACUCGAGGUGUCGAGGCCAGAGAAUGUGAACGCUGGGCUGUGGGAGAUUAAGGAUUGGACUGGUGUCGUGGUCGAGUCGUUUGUGAACUUCUUGAGCCUGCCUGAGGACGAGUCUUCCAAGAGCAAAGACGAGGGUGGGGUUGAGCUUGAGGCCCUCCGUUUUGACGAGGCCACAUCGAGCGUGGUGGACGAGAGCACUGCAUUUGACCCGAGGCAGGUGUCAUGGCUCGAGAACAAUGCUGUUAGGGACGCGUUUCCGGACGCGGUUGAUAUCGAGGCGUCGUUACAAGACAAGGGUGCGAUGGACAUCGGGGUAUUUGGUGCCCAAGGGAAGUUGGGUAAACAUGGCGCAGAGGAUCUGGUGGGAAUGAUUGUGGGCAUGUUGAGCACAUAA